CACCAGGAAAAAUUAGCUGAUAAACCGUGCGAGGAAUUUUCAUUUUAUAUCAUGCACUCCAAAACCGAUAUCGGAUAUAAAGUCGUUGCUUGGAGGCAUAAGAUCAGUCGAAAUGAAGUUCUCGAGCACAGUACUGGUUCUGUCUGCGUUGGCAUUCUUUGGGAUAGCGACAGCGCGUCCUAACUAUGUCUACAGUAAUGAGCAGCGCUACAAUGGCGGAAACUUUUGCUUUGGUCGACCGACGGGGAACGAAAUACUACCAAAGUCAUGGACCCCUCAAGUCAGGUACGCCUUCUUCGGUAAGGUGACCGUUGACAUCGAUCUUCCCAUGAACAGCCGGAGCGUCGGAGGUACCAUCAGCUACAUCGAGGGACUCAACCAGGCCAGGUGUGAAGGAUCCGUCCGAAUCACCAGAGGAGGAGUGGGCUACGAUUAUGUCACCCUCCACUUCGAGGCAAACUACUGGAGCGACAUCAACUUCAACAUUAGGCGGCAUAGUUCAGUUUGUGCUAAACCCGCAAUGAAGCUUUUGGUGACAUUAGUAGUUCUGGAAACGCUGGGUACUCUCCAGCUCGCCAGCGGCUACAACUGGAAUAAAUGGAAUUACACAAGACGCUACCACGCGUAUGUUCCAAAACUGCAGACACACGUGGUGCAUAGAUACAGCAACUCAACAUAUGUUUGGGGUCGGCAGGAGGAGGCUAAUAGGAAAUGUAUGAUGUAUAACUCAAGUAUGACGCACAUUACAUACGGCUUUGUCGGGAAGAUAACAGCCGACGUCACACUUCCUAUCGACCGACAAGAAUUCGAAUGUCCCAUCGCUUACAUCGAAGCACGAAGUCUCAUAAGAACUGCAGGAUACGUUUGCAUCACCAAAGGAGGCAUCGGACAACGUUUCGUACACAUCCAUUUAGAGUCAAACAUCAACUGUAAUCUGGAUUACGAAAUAAGGAUAAUGGGAAAAUGUUAUAUACCACCACCUCCACCACCAAUCCCCACUAGUGAACCAAUUUGUAAAGAUAUUUGUGUAACGCCUUGUGAAGAUCCUUGUGAAACGCCUUGUGAAUAUCAUUGUGAUCCUUGUGAAACUCAUGUUGAACCACCUCGUAAAUGUUGUUGCGAACCUCCUUGUGAACCAACUCUACCGCCUUGUGAUCUCCCUUGUAAACCUUGCUGAUCCCCUUGUGAACCCCAAACACAACGUAAUGUUAGAUCACGUAGAAGAAUUUACUAAUGUUUUGACAUACAUGUUUAUAUGAAUACACUUUUAUGUCUAUGAGUUAUAAGUACAUACAAUAAAUAAAUUCUAUAUAUAUUAAUUCACAACCAACUGUAUGUCCUCCUUAAAAUACUAUUAAUAUAAAACAUUAUUAAUAUAAUAUUUAUAUAUUUCAUAUUAUUUAUAAAAUUCUUCAAAUAUAUCUUAUUAAAUUAAUAUA